UGAACAACCUUACAUGUCAGAAGAUGACGUCAGCGACCUCAGAGACGUGGUCGACGCUAUUAACAAACUAUGCGCAACGAUGAAGACUUCAUACGACGAGUACGAAGACUGUGAAGAUGCUCAAGACGACGAUGUUGAUAACAUUUGUACAGAAUUGGUAAAUCCGAAUGAAGUUUUAUUUGAGAAGAUCCAUGUAGUAGAUAAAUGGUGUGAUACCGAACCUAGUGUGUCGUCUCCGGAGCUUACAGUGGUACCAGUGGAAACGUGUGUAGAUACGAAUUAUACAGUUACAGAGCCCGUUGUUAAAACUCCAGAAGUAAUGAAACCACUAACAUUUGAGACAUGUAAAACCUAUAGGUUAAGCGAAUCUGGUAAUGAACCAGUCAUAACAGAGCCAACAGAGCAGAUUGUUGCUGAAUCGAUUCCACAAAAAGUAGAAGCGUACAGUUGGAGUGAAACAGUCCCCUUAGCUUCCGAACCGGUAUUCGAGAAAGUGAGGUGUUAUAAAUCGGAGGGCGACGCAAUCGAACUUCAGAAACCAGUUGCAUCAACAAGCAUUGAAGUAGCUAGAAAUAUUGUAACAGAGAGAUUCGAAGAGAUGGAACCAAUUACAUUGGACGUAGAAACAGUUCAGUGCGACCCUAUGAGUGAAAUGUACUAUACGGCAUCGUCCGAAGUGAGUCUACUGUCAGAUGUCGAUUUUCAAGAUAAAGUUCAAACGGAGGACUCUGAUAAGGAGAAAGACGAUAGGAAUAGUGUAAUGACAGGCCACGUUGCCGCGAUGAGGGAACGGUUCGAAAGUAUGACGCGAACCAAUACGCCUUGUCCGGAUCUAAUACGAUCCACUUCGCCUUCUUUCGAAGUAUUUAGAAACGUUAGCGCAUCUCCCGACAAAUUAGAAUAAAUAUUACAGACUCUGUAAUCGCAUUUAAAUAAGUGUCUACAGACUUGCCAAUAUGCCAUGCGAUAUUAAAUUCAGACACAUCCAAAAAGUCAACGAAAAAGAUAAGUUUCAGUGUUCGAACGCUGGAACAGUAUUAGAUGUUUUGAUAUAAUAUAUUAUUUAGUAUGGAUGGACAGAUUUGCUCCUUCAACAGGAACUUUUCUGACAAUUAGUAAUUGGUGGCGACUGGUCAUAUUCAUACAAUAUUUGCGGGAGCGAUAAUAUUAAGGGUUUUGUAUGAAUAUAUCUAGAUGGCAAAUUUGUUAAAUCGUACCCACUGUACCGUAGCGUGAUGCCGAUGUUGGCACAUCUGUAGAUGGCUAAUAGCGGAAUUAAUGAAAUCGAGCUAAUUAAAAUAUGUUUACUAAAUGGUUAGGUAGGUUCCUAGUUAUUGUAUUAAGUAGUUUGAAGUAAACCUUGCUGGAUUAUGCUGAUAUUCGUAUUUAGGACCAAAAUACAAAUUACACGUUUGUUAUGUAAACAAGUUCUUACCAAUUUCUUAACGAUGUGUCCAUUUAAGUUCCUCUAAAUCAGUCAAGGAUUUAUAUGAUUUUCGGAAGCAAGCUAAUUGGCGCCAAAUCUGAUGUAUAAAAUCUUUAAAGGAGACUAAAUUUCAGGUCUCAUAGGGUCGUCCUUUCCAACAGGGAACAUUAUGAAAAGGACAGCACUAAUUUACACCUGCUAAUUUUAGUUUAGAUCAGACAUGAUUUACAGCACAAAUAUCGGCACCAAUAUAUGCUACGUAGACUAAACUUAACGUCAUUUUUUAUAUUCAAGUUUAAUAUUAUGUACCUUGUAUUUAAUGCUGUAGACUUAACUUUCAAGCCUUGCAAGUUCUGACAAACAGAUUCAGUGUUAAAGAGAUGCUGUGAAUACGGAUAUAAAUUGUUACUACCUCCAAGAAUUACAUUGAUGUCUAUUCUGUUGUAAAUAAAGCUUGAGAUUUCUAAAAAUAGUGCUAUCCUACUCCAGUAGGGCUAGCACGGGGGGAGAUAAAAAUUA